AUGUUCAGGACAUCCAUUCGCAACGAGCCGAAUUCCGGAUUUGAGAAGUAUGCGUACUUGGCUCAGCUGCUGGGCAACACUGAGGAAGGUCUGCAAAUGGCGCGCCGUGGGAUCGAAGUCAUAAAGGCUGAAAGCCGGUCCAUAGAUUCUGAAAUGGAACACGAGCGGAUUAUGGAGUUGCAACAGUACGAAGCAAGUGCUCACUGCGCCAUUGCUGAGAUAUGCCUGGGUAUUAUUGAAGACAGCAACGAUCAGGAGGUUGCGACCAAGCUUGAUGUCGAAGUUGAGAAGUCGGUAAUGGCCGCGAUUGGACUUAGCGAAGAAGGAAGUGAAUCCGAGGUCGAGGCAAUGCUUUCUCUCGCCAACUUGAGAUUGAGUCAAGGGCGAAGAGACGAUGCUGUAGAGUCGAUGAAGAGAGUUUUGCUUCGAAUGUCUCCGGGGUUGGAGAUGCUUGAGACUGGGGAUCAAUCAGAUGUGAUAAUAGCAGAGGCGUUGAGUCGCCUUCCUUCCCUCGAGUUCAGAAUAGCUGUUGGGAAACAGUUAAUAGAAGUAGAAAUGUGGAGAGCAGCGAUCGUCAAUCUGAGUUCUGUGAUGUGGGAAUGUGACUUUAAUGUAGAGGUGUGGUACCUCUUAGCCGUUGCAUAUUGGAAACUUGGCGAAUUCAAAGAGGCCCAAAGUGUGCUAAUCAGUACGCGCGCAGUCCUCCGAAGUCCAGAUGGUUUCGAUGGGGAACUGGAUGAAGCCAUGAUUGGCAAAUUAGAACAGCAGUUAGUGAGAGGAGCUGGACCGGGCAAAGCUGGGCAUGACGCAAUGCAGGAGUAA